AUGGAGCUGAAGCAAAAACUCUCAUACGCUGUACUUGCGUUAUUUAGCGAAUGUUCUCCCUUCUCGACUUCACAUCUCGAAAACAGUCUGGUUGAUCCUGACAUUGUGUGUUCAUCAACGCGGAAUCCGAGCGCAGCGAUUCUGCGCGCCGAUUUGCUUCUAGCAGAUCAGAUCGAUCAACACGACGGUUCGAACUGUAUAUAG